AUGGCUACCGGUGCAGAACAAGCUCAGGAGGAGAAGGCGAAGGGAAAUGCAGCAUUUCAGAAGGGUGACUUCGAGUUGGCAGUGAAGCACUUCUCUAAAGCAAUUGAAUUAAGUCCCUCAGAUGCCGUUCUUUACUCAAACAGAUCCGGCGCCUACGCCAGUCUUAAAAACUUUGAACAAGCACUAAAGGACGCAGAAACAUGCGUCAAGCUGAAGCCCGACUGGGCUAAGGGUUAUUCGCGCAAAGGUCUUGCUGAAUUUAAUUUAGGACGCUUGCGUGAGGCAGAAGCAACAUAUAAGAAGGGUCUAUCUAUAGACCCAGAGAAUGCGUCGCUAAAGGCUGCACUAGCAGAGGUACAACAGAGUGAGGCAUCAAUGAGAGAUUUACAGGCUAUGAUGGCCGUAACAAAUGCUGUACGGGGUCAUCCUAAGCUACAAAAAUACAGCAAAGAAGAUCCUGAAUAUAUUCAGAAACUUGUCGCCCUCGUUUCCCAGAUACAAGCCAACCCAGCCAAUCUACGUCUUAUCAUGGCACAGCCGGCUUCACCUCUUAUCAAGCAGGACGAUGCACGUGCAUUAUGUAGCAUUAUCCCUAUGAAU